AAAAAAAAUCCUGGAAUUGUGAAGGCAUUUGGAGGUCUAUCUCCCGCUUCUCUCAGGAUGAAGAAAUGACCAACGGAAGGUCAGGUCUUAUUAAGUGGUGGCCGUGGCAGGCCGAGAGCACGGUAGCUGGGAAGAAACCCACCCUGUACUAUAAACCCACUGUAUCCCAGUACAUUUGGCCCUCACAAGAUUAGUUCUGACUCUGCCUUUCCUUAUAGCUGAAGGGAUAGAAAUGCUCAGAGAGGGUCUUAUCUAAGGUCACAUGUUCUGGAUCAGAAGGCCUCAUUAGAGAGGGCUGAGAAUACGGAUGGAUUUGAACAAGAUAGGGAAGCUUACUUAGUCCAUCCUGUUGCCGUCUGUUGACUGUAAGCAAUCCCCAAAGAGUUGUCUCUCAUCUCUGCCUUCAAGAUGAUGGAGAAUGUGCCGGAGCUUCUUGGCAUGCUUUAUCAAAUUUGAAUAAAACAUUUGAUUUGAUUUCACGGGCUUGCAUGGAGGGACGCCACUCGGAGCUUUUCCUUCUGUUGGUCAUCUUGGCACAGCUGGCUGGCCCUCCAACCUUUCCAGGCUGUGGAGGAAGCAGUUGUGCUUGGGCCCUCGGGGGGCCACAGGUUAAAGGGCAUGAUCAUUCUGAGCGUAAGAUCAAGGCCGUGUUUGGCAAAUGGUCCUCGUAGUUUCCAAGUUUGGGGCUCCUGGAAUGAACCUCAUUGGCAUAGGAUGGAGACAGGCGGGACCUGUGCACUGCUGGCAGCUAUGAGCCCUGUCGUGGCCAGAUGGGAGCAUACACCACCUGCCGUCGGCCGCUAAGCCUCAGCUCUACACCUGCUCUCAGCUUGGCCGAGGGAGGGCCUGUCUCUUGCUGGCUGCAUGGUCAUGAGUGACUGUACCUCUUCAAACCUCAGUUUCCUUUUCUGUAAAAUAGGGACAUUAAUAGUACCUCCUGGUCAGGAUUGUCAUAGGGUUAAGUGAGGUGACACACGUAAAGCUGUCAGUACACUGCCUGGCAAAGCACAGACAUGCUCUAUUAUGAUGCUGCUGCUGAUGAAAAGCACUCAGUGUGUGGCGCUUGUUGCCAAGAGGCUUACGGUCCCCCUGGGGGAAGUAAGGCUGACAUGCUCGAGCUGAUUUUGAGACAAGCUGACUGAGAGGCAUGGGGGCAGUGUUUGGAAGGGCGCGCGUAGCUUCCAGCUGGACCAGCCAGGAGCAACCAUCCAUGGGGCCUUGGUCUCUCCUGUCUGGGAGUGCAGGCGAUGCGGGAGACAUGGGCGCUGCAGUGUGGCGCUCCGGCAUAGCCGGAUGGUGUCAGGGAAGGCUCCAAUGGAAACAGGAGCUUGGGUCACGGCAGGUUGGGAACUAUAAGCGGACCGUGAAGCGGAUUGACGAUGGCCACCGCCUGUGCAGUGACCUCAUGAACUGCCUGCACGAACGGGCACGCAUUGAGAAGGCAUACGCACAGCAGCUCACCGAGUGGGCCCGGCGCUGGAGGCAGCUUGUGGAGAAGGGGCCACAGUAUGGGACGGUGGAGAAGGCCUGGAUGGCCAUGAUGUCCGAGGCUGAGAGGGUGAGCGAGCUGCACCUCGAGGUGAAGGCCUCGCUGAUGAAUGAAGACUUUGAGAAGAUCAAGAACUGGCAGAAGGAAGCCUUUCACAAGCAGAUGAUGGGGGGCUUUAAGGAGACCAAGGAAGCUGAGGACGGCUUUCGAAAGGCACAGAAGCCCUGGGCCAAGAAGCUGAAAGAGGUGGAGGCAGCAAAGAAAGCCCACCACACAGCGUGCAAAGAGGAGAAGUUGGCCAUCUCACGAGAGGCCAACAGCAAAGCAGACCCGUCCCUCAACCCUGAACAGCUUAAGAAAUUGCAAGACAAAGUAGAAAAAUGCAAGCAAGAUGUCCUUAAGACCAAAGAGAAGUAUGAGAAGUCCCUGAAGGAGCUUGACCAGAGCACACCCCAGUACAUGGAGAACAUGGAGCAGGUGUUUGAACAGUGCCAGCAAUUUGAGGAGAAACGCCUGCGCUUCUUCCGGGAGGUUCUGCUGGAGGUUCAGAAGCACCUAGACCUGUCCAAUGUGGCCAGCUACAAAACCAUUUACCGCGACCUGGAGCAGAGCAUCAGGGCAGCCGACGCGGUGGAGGACCUGAGGUGGUUCAGAGCCAAUCAUGGGCCCGGCAUGGCCAUGAACUGGCCGCAGUUUGAGGAUGAAGAGUGGUCUGCAGACCUGAAUCGAACUCUCAGCCGGAGAGAGAAGAAGAAGACUGCUGACGGUGUCACCCUGACAGGCAUCAACCAGACAGGCGACCAGUCUCUGCAGAACAAGCCCGGCAGCAACCUUAGUGUCCCGAGCAACCCUGUGCAAUCCGCGCAGUCACAGUCCAGCUACAACCCCUUCGAGGACGAGGACGACACGGGCAGCACCGUCAGUGAGAAGGAGGACAUUAAGACCAAAAAUGUGAGCAGCUUUGAGAAGACCCAGAGCUACCCCACUGACUGGUCAGAUGAUGAGUCCAACAACCCCUUCUCCUCCACGGAUGCCAACGGGGAUUCAAACCCAUUCGACGAGGACACCACUUCAGGGAUGGAAGUGCGAGUCCGGGCCCUUUAUGACUACGAGGGCCAGGAGCAUGACGAGCUGAGCUUCAAGGCUGGGGAUGAGCUGACCAAGAUGGAGGAUGAAGAUGAGCAAGGCUGGUGCAAGGGACGCUUGGACAGUGGGCAGGUUGGCCUGUACCCUGCGAAUUACGUCGAGGCGAUCCAGUGACGGGCUAUGGGGCAGGCCGGCAGACGGACGGAGGUGGCGGGCCAGGAGCUGCGGUGCCUCCAGCGGGCCACAUGGGCAUCCACUCGUGUUCCCGCAGAAGAUGAAGGUUCCGUUGUUCUUGGCUUCAGGGUGUCCCUGGCAGGCGGAUGAGCUGGUCACUUCACUGGGGACGCGGCACCUUUCCGAGUGCAGCUGGAGCAUCUGAGCGGAACAGCAGAGAAGGAGCCGGCCCUGCCGCCGCCCGCCGCGUCCGCUGGCUUAUCAUGGAUCUGUAUGCUCUUGACCUUGUCUCCUCUCCUCCGAGUCAAUGGGUUACGCUGAUUCUAGUUCACUGAUCACUUUCUCUGGCGAGUCCUGUCACUUGCAACUUAAAUGAACAAACUUACAUGCCAUUCUCUGAGUAAAGAUUUUGAGGUUUUUAAUUUAAAGGCUGUGUACAGUUAUACUUUUUUUAUACCUGUUCUUCCAUUCAUUCAUACUUAAAUUGCCACACAGAUGGAUGGACACCAGUCUCCAGGAAUCACUGUCUCCGUCUCUGUGCUACACUGUUAACCAGCCGCCUCUGUGCGGAGUGAGCGGUGGGAGACUGUCGCAGAAAGGUGGGCGCAUGUCACGGGCUCCUACCGUGCGCGCCCUCUGUGCUCCAGGCGUCUGAACGCAAGUGUCGGAUACAGCCGUACGCAGUGCUCCCUAAAUCGCCAUAUUUAAAAAUCGUCACUCUAAUCUUGCUUAAAACUUUACUCUCUUACAAAUUAACAGUCUUAUCAGUGAUUUGGAAGGUUAAAAAGUAAGAAGACUAACUUUUCAAGCAAACGCAUCUGUCUCUGUGUAUAUCUGUGUAUAUUAUUCGUGUCCAGAGAAAUCUAAAAAGCUUGUCUACUGUUUUAAUGAGAUUUGACGGCUUUUGACAGUGGCUUUCAUUUGUAAAGUGCGUGAAGUCUGCGGCAUCCAGGCACAGGCCUGGCUGGCCGCUGGCCCUGGCCCAGGCACAGAUGUGGGCGCUGGGCCCCUCCGCGAUGGAGACGCUGGAGGGAGACUUGGCCUUGCGGCUUCACUCUUAGGCCCGUAGCAGAACACUGUAAAACGCCCAUGUCUUUGCAGCCGUCGCACGCUUCCCAGCCAUCUGUGUUCCUUGUGGGCAAACAAAAGCUGGAUCUCACCCACAGCACAGGCCUCUCUGAAUGUCCUUAGUCGCCAGAGAGCCAGGGGUGCUGUGGCCAGAGCUACACUGUGGUCACGUGGCCGGCGGGUGGGGCCGGGCAAGAUUCUAUUUUAUGUAACUCAGACGCGGUGCCGCCCCCGCCGCCAUCACGAGCUAUGCAUUUCCGCCCUUUCCAGCGAGCUCGGCGUCUUGCUCGGAAAGUGGACGUGUGUCUGUGUCUGUCAUGGAACUUACCAGCAGAAACCCUCAAUCCUAUGCUACAGAUUUACCAAAAAUUGUUGUCUUUUAAGUUUCGUUCCUUUAAAAUGUAUAGUAUUUUAGGAGAAAGCAAUAAACAGUUGAUCUUGUGCAUA